UUAUCGACAUUGUUUUGAAAUGGCGAGAUCACAUGAGAUAUUCAUUCUGCUAUGGCUUGUAAAUAUAUCUGUCAGCUUUCUUUACCAUGAAGAUACAGAUUCAGCAAAACAAUUAUUUCAGACUUGGAAACUAGAAAACGGCAAAGAAUAUUAUGGUGUCGACGAAGAGCAAAAUAGAUUUGAUGUAUUUUAUGAUAACUUAAAGAACAUCAAUAAACUUAACAAAAUGUAUUGGGGAGAGACUUAUUUUGCCUUGAAUAAGUUUGCUGAUAUGUCGCCAUCCGAAUUUCAGAGUAAGAUACUGAUGUCCAACCGUGAACCUCCAACGUUUGAAAACGACAGAUAUAUUAAAGGUGAAAAGGGUUAUCAUCUGCCGGACUCAUUUGACUGGGUUCCGAAAAAUGUGGUGACAUCCGUCAAGGACCAGGGGGCAGCUGGAUCAUGUUGGGCAUUUAGCACGAUUGAAAACAUAGAGGGACAGUGGGCUUUGUCAGGACAGCCGCUAUUGAAUUUGUCCGUUGAGCAAGUGGUUGAUUGCGACGGAUUUGAAGAUGUUCCCAGAAAGAAUGCUGAUUGUGGAGUCUUUGGUGGAUGGCCUUACCUUGCAUACCAAUAUAUAACAAAAGCAGGAGGUUUAGAGUCGUCAGGUGACUAUAAAUACUGUAGUGGUGAUACAGACACAAAACACCAAGAAAACAAUUGUUUACCAUGUCCUCCACCAGGCUUUAAUAGUUCAUUGUGUGGUCCAGCAGUUCCUUAUUGUAACAUGUCUCAAAGCUGUGUGGCGAAACUUGAUAAAGCCAAAUUUGUAAAGGGUUUGAAAAUAGCCAAUUGGAAAGCCAUUGAUAAGAAUGAGACAAAUAUUGCUGAGCAGUUAAUGAAAAUUGGACCACUAUCCAUUGCAAUGAAUGCUGAUUGGUUAAUGUUUUAUCGUAGUGGAGUAUUUUCACCUUACUUAUGUAACCCAAAGAGUAUUAAUCAUGCUGUGUUGUUAGUCGGUUUUGGCAAAGAAAAAACACUGUUUGGAGAAAAGCUUUAUUGGAAAGUGAAGAACUCAUGGGGUCCAUCAUGGGGCGAAAAAGGAUAUUUCAGGAUUAAACGAAAUGCAGGCAUGUGUGGGAUAAACACCCAGGUCACUACUGCUAUUUUGAUGAAGUGAUAUGGGCAGAAAGAUCGUUGUUUUUCUUUGAUUAACCUUUGACUUUUUUCAAUUGGAAUUAUGAUAGAUAGGUCCUCCUAUUUGUAAAGGAUAUAAGGGCUAUCAAUUGUAUUUGUACAGUUAUUUAUUGAAUCAUAAAGGUUUUUGUGUCAACAAAUGUUUUUUAGACAGUACAUACGGCAGAUUACCCUUGCUAUUAUGGGCAGAAACAUUGUUUUGCUAUCUCUAAUAGACAUCAUUUCUUUCCAUUAGAUUUUUAUUCAUAAUAUUAUGUUUUUAUUAUAUAUAAAACUCUGUACCUCGAA